AUGUGCCAAAAUUCUCCGGUUAACGAAGGUUCGGUCAUUGCCCCUGGCGAGAAUGACACGGUUGACACCACAUCGGACCUCGCUGUCAGUGUUGCGUCGUCAACCACUAGUAUUGCUAGUUCGGUACUCAGGUUUCGCAUCGAGAAUGGGAGAAUCUAUCACUCAUACAAGGAGGGCAAAUACAGCUAUCCCAAUGACCAAAAAGAGAACGAAAGACUCGAUCUGCAACACAACCUGAUGCUUCUCACCUUGCACGAGAAGUUGGGCCUCGCCCCGCCUAACGACCAGGAUUUCAGGGUCAAGCGUGUGCUCGAUGUUGGAACUGGCACCGGACUCUGGGCAAUCGACUUCGCUGACGAGCACCCCGACGCAGAAGUAGGUGAAUCCUGCAAGCCAUAA